AUGUAUGGCCAAAAUGACCCCACUUCUCGUCUGAAAUCAAGAAAGUCUUUCCUAAAGAUAACUGAAGAGCUAACGGAAACACCUUUAUUAAGCAGGUUAAAUGAGUGGAAAAAACUGAUCACGGACACCAACGGUAAAAGAUGGUUGGAACCAGCAGAAAGAUUACCUCCUGGUAACAACCUAGACUGGCCGGUAUGGAAGACACUGAACAGACUGCGUGUUGGUGUAGGACGGACAAAAGAAAAUAUGAGAAAAUGGGGAUAUGGAGAGCAAGACAUAACUUGCAUAUGUGGACAAGAGCAGACAACGUCACACCUACUUGUCUGCCCAAGAGGGCCAAGCCCAUGUACACAAGAGGACCUUAUGAUAAGCAACAAGAGGGCGGUAAAUACAGCCAUAUACUGGACAAAAGAAAAGAUAUAA